CGGGGGCGGCCAAUGCGAAACUGGCUGGUGUUGCUGUGCCCGUGUGUGCUCGGGGCCGCGCUGCACCUCUGGUGGCGGCUACGCUCCCAGCCGCCCGCCGGCUCCCCGGGGCCGGGCCCCGCAGAUCAGUUGGCCUUAGUUCCUCAGUUGAAAUCGCAUCACUAUGACGUGGUGGUUGGCGUGUUGUCAGCACGCAAUAACCAUGAACUCCGCAGUGUAAUACGAAGCACCUGGCUGAAGCAUCUGAGACAGCAUGCGACAUUAAGUCAACGUGUGCUUGUCAAGUUCAUCAUAGGUGCUCAUGGCUGCGAGGUGCCUGUGGAGGACAGGGAGGAUCCUUACUCCUGCAGACUUCUCAACAUCACCAACCCAGCCCUGAAUCAGGAAAUCGAGGCCUUCAGUCUUCCUGAAGACGCUGCCUUGGAGCCCUCCGAGGACCACGUUGUCAGCGUGAGCUUCCGCGUGCUCUAUCCAAUCGUCAUCACCAGCCUGGGAGUAUUCCACGAGGUGGGCUCCAGCGGCUUCCAGAGGAACAUCACGGUCAGGCUGUACCAGGCCGAGCAGGAGGAGGCCCUCUUCAGUGCCCGCUUCAGCCCGCCCAGCUGUGGUGUGCAGCUCAAAAAGCUGUGGUAUAAACCCGUGGAGCAGUUCAUCUUACCAGAGAGCUUCGAGGGCACCGUGGUGUGGGAAAGCCAGGACCAGGGAGGCCUCCUGGCGCGCAGCCUUCACGCCGUGGCCAUCAACGAUGGAGGGGGCGUGCUCAGGGUCAUGGCUGCUGGGGAAGGUGUUCUGCCUCAUGAGUUCAUGGAAGGUGCCGAAGGAGUUGCAGGAAGUUUUAUUUAUACUAUUCAGGAGGGUGAUGCUCUCCUGAAAAAUCUUCAUUCUCGUCCUCAAAGACUUAGCGAGCACAUGAGCGCUCUUCACCAGGAAGAUGCCUUACUGAAGGAAGAGAGCCGGCGCCAUGACGACGUUGUUUUCGUGGAUGUCGUCGACACAUACCGGAACGUCCCUGCAAAGUUACUCAACUUCUACAAAUGGACUGUGGAAACCACCAGCUUUGACCUGCUGCUAAAGACAGAUGACGACUGUUAUAUAGACCUCGAAUCUGUGUUCAACAGAAUCACCCACAAGAAGCUCGAUGGGCCAAAUUUUUGGUGGGGAAACUUCCGGCUGAACUGGGCAGUGGACAGAACUGGAAAGUGGCAGGAGCUGGAGUACCCCAGCCCUGCCUACCCAGCCUUCGCGUGUGGGUCCGGCUAUGUCAUCUCCAGAGACAUCGUCCACUGGAUGGCCAGCAAUGCGCAGAGGCUCAAGACCUACCAGGGUGAAGAUGUGAGCAUGGGCAUCUGGAUGGCAGCUAUUGGACCCCGAAGACACCAGGACAGCCUCUGGCUGUGUGAGAAGGCCUGCACCAUGGGGAUGCUGUCCUCCCCGCAGCGCUCCCCGCGGGAGCUGGCCGAGCUGUGGAGGCUGAGGGAGCUGUGUGGGGACCCCUGCAAGUGCACAGCCGCCUGA